GAAGAAGAUAACGACGGAUUUUAGUAGAGAAGUCCACUGUGAUAUAAGAAACCGGAAGUGACCGGCGUCACACGCUUCUGAGCUCUAAUCCCCUGUAUCGGUGCGCCGCUCUCACACAGAUCUAUAUAAGAGUUAUAAAGCGGCGUCGUUACUGCUGGUAGUGAUGUCAUUCCGUAGGGCGGUGAAGCUCGCGUGCGGGUUUGCAGGAGGAUCUGCGGUGGUGGUCGCGUGCGCAUAUUUUACUGAUAAUCACCGGGAGGUUGUGCGGUUUAAGCCUGGAUUCAGUGACGUGCUUCACGCAGCUCAACCCACAGCUUCCAACAACCACUGGGAUUAUAACUGGGAUAAGAGAGAGCCGUCCUCCAUGACCAACACCAAGAGGAAAGGAAGUGUGGGAGAUGAGACCGGCUUGCAGGUGGAGAAUAACAAGCCUACAGCCACACGCCACAUCUUCCUCAUCAGACACUCGCAGUACAACCUGAGUGGUAGCUCGGACAAGGAGAGGAAGCUCACAGAUUUAGGCCGUGAGCAGGCGGAGCUGACGGGACAGAGGCUGUCGUCUCUUGGCCUGAACUACGACAUUCUGAUCCACUCCAGCAUGACACGAGCCACCGAGACGGCUCAGAUCAUCAGCACACACUUGCCAGGAGUGGAGUUGGUGAGCUGUGAUCUGCUGCGAGAAGGUGCUCCCAUCGAACCUGUUCCUCCUGUCAGUCACUGGAAACCUGAGGCUGUGCAGUACCACGAGGAUGGCGCUCGAAUUGAGGCAGCGUUCCGGCGUUACAUCCACCGAGCUGAACCCAAGCAGAAGGAGGACAGCUACGAGAUCAUCGUCUGUCAUGCUAACGUCAUCCGCUAUUUUGUGUGCAGAGCUCUGCAGUUUCCUCCUGAGGGCUGGCUCCGUUUGGGUCUCAAUAACGGCAGCAUCACGUGGCUCACCAUCCGUCCGAGUGGCAGAGUGGCACUACGGGCACUUGGAGACUCCGGCUUCAUGCCACCCGACAAAGUGACGCGCACCUGACACUCCUGAUCCUCUUCUGAACCAGAACCGUCCCACUCAGAACCUGGUCUCUCACACAGUACCGCAGCAUUAGCCUUACAGAGACUAGGUUUCUUGCUUUUAGUCAACGUCUUACAGAUCACCUGAUUAUUAACUGAUCACAGUAUCAGAAGAGCAAAGCGACUCAGUACUGAUUCAUAAUUUAUAUUUAUUUAUAUUGUUCUGAUUCAGUAUUGGUUCAUCUGUCUUGAACUGUUUAUGAUUCAGUUUUGAUCUCUUUCCAUUUUGAUUCAUUUCAGAUCUCAAGUUUGUUUACAUUUUCGGUUCAGAUUCAGUUUUGAUCUGAUUCGGAUUCACUGAACUGACUGAUUUUGUUCUGUUCAGUUUUCAUUUGAUUACCAUCUCUAACGGAUAAUAUUGAUGUCUUGACUCGGGUUUACAGCGUUUCUGUGGUGUGGUGGUGUGUUUAUGGUUACAGUAUUGUUCUGUUAUCGUCAUAUCGGAUUAAUGAGGAAGUAAAGCAUCAGGUUUCUCUUCAUGAAUCCAGACUCGGGUCUUAAACCUGGGAGAACCAGCAUCAUAUGUGUAUUUAGUUAUUGUGUUUCUAACCCUGAUACUUACCCCUGAUCAGGGUUUUUUUUUCUUUUUCUAAAAGCGAGGUUUGAUCUAAAAAAAAAAACCAAACAGAUAAAAACCAGAGGCCUUGAUGUGGAGCAGGAAAUUCUGCUUUUCUGUUUCUCAACCCCAUAAUUCUACUCAGUGUAGAAGUACAAGGGAGAAACAACAGACAAAUCAAAUCUCACGCUCCUGCCAGCAUUCAUUCAGUUCAGUGAUUUACUUAAUGCAGCUUUUUAAUGAUCGUCAGCGAUCAGCACACACCUCGACCUUUAAUCUGAAUCCAAAUGUUCUUCUGAAAGCCAGCACUCGUCGUGUGUGUUAUAUUUUGUAUGAGGCAGGCUCGUCAGUCAGGAGAACGUGUUCGUUGUUUUAAACGCGUCUGUACGUUUUACAGCAUUUUUGAUUUUGAGAAUUCUAUUAAAAAGUAAAGUUUCA